AUGAAUCCGUCACAAGAAAUCCUUAAAAUGAUCCUGGCUUUAUACGCUCUGAAACUACCAAUUCAUUCACUACCCAAAGAGAAUAAAGCUACUCAGACUGAAGAUUCAACAAAUACGUCACUUAUCUCAGGUUAUACAGGACUGUCAUCACGAUGUGUGAUUAUAUCACAAAUGGCUUCCAGUAUAUUCAGUUCAAACAGAGGAAAUUCAAUGAACGACAGUCAAGGAAAGAAUUCAUGUCCAUUUAUUCGAGUUGUAACGCAUAAAAAUGGUAUACUCGUUCAUUUGGGCCAACUGGUCAGUUUAUCUGAGGAUCAGAAAUCAUUUAUCAUGCGCAAUGUGAUUAGUUUCGACCCGUUAAGAGUACAUGAACGAACAAUUUCAACAUUAGAACCAGCGGAAAUUCUUGCACUCACUGAAUCCAAACUUCAAAGUCAACAUGGUAAAAGGGGAAAUUUAUUGUCUGAUUAUUUACAAAAUCAAAUGAUGUUCAAUGCUUCAGAGAAAUCAUCAUGUGAGAACAGUAAGCAAGUGAAUAUAUCAGAGCAAAAACAUGAGGCAGUGCACGGUCCAUUACUUAUCACUCCCAGUGAUGUCCUUAUUCGUGUAAGUGAAGUACGCGAGUUGAGCAUUGUUCCAGUAAUUCGCUUUGACCAUGCUAAUCAAAUGCGACAAGUCAGCUUGAAGUAUGGAUCUGAAAGAAUAACUCAAGUCAUGCAGUAUGGCACUAGUCAAGACAUCGUUAAUACAAGUAAAUUGUCAGAGAGUACAAACAAGCGGUCAGAUUCAUCAUAA